ACCUAUUUUGGAGUACUUUGGAGGCUCACUUUGUGAACUUUCUCAAAGCUUUCAGCUUGCCUUCUUGUAUUCAAAAAUAUGAACAACCCUAAGUGGGAAGAAAACUUCGUGUUUUGCCCCUAGUCACUUCGGCCGAGCGCGCGACGAUUUGCUUCGUCAUCCUUGAACAGUAAAACUAAAACCUAGAAGACACUGAGAGAGCAAAGAACGAUUAUGCUUAUUCGCUCAAAAUGGAAUCUUUACCGCAACACUUGGGUUUCAGGGUCUCUAUCCUUCUCGACCCGACCCGUGAUUCGUUAUUCCCCUCAUAUUGACUCUCUGCACCUUCGCAUUUCGAGGUCUGGAGACCCCAAAAUAUCCAUGGCUCGUUUGCUCGACCAAUGGGUUGAAGAAGGCAGACGGGUCAAGCAAUCGGAACUCCACAAGAUCAUCAAGCAGCUCCGAAAGUACCGUCGCUUCACUCAUGCCCUUCAGGUGUCGGAAUGGAUGAGCAAUGAAAUGAAUAACCAAUUACGCACUGCAGAUAUUGCUAUACAGCUUGAUUUGAAAUCAAAAGUCCAGGGGCUAGAUGAAGCAGAGAAAUAUUUUUCCAGCAUUCCAGAAACUUCAAAAGUCUCCAAGGUCUACUGUGCUCUUCUGAACUGCUAUGCAGAACAUGGAUAUGUAGAGAAAGCAGAGGCCAUCAUGCAGAAAAUCAAACAGUGCAGUUCCAUUAGCGCACUGACUUAUAAUGUCAUGUUAAGCCUUUAUUGUCGGUUGGGUAAAUAUGAGGAAUUGGAUGCUUUGAUGCAAGAAAUGAAAGAGAAACGUCUCUGCGACAGAUAUACUUACAGUAUUAGGUUGAAUGCACUUGCAAAAACCUUAGACGUUGAGGAGAUGGAGAAGUUUCUGUUGCAAAUGGAAGCUGAAGGAGCAGCAAUGGACUGGCAUACCUAUGCUCUUUCGGCAAACGCUUAUAUAAAAGCUGGACUCUCUGAGAAGGCCUUACAAAUGCUGAAGAGAUCGGAGCGUCUCAUCACUGAAAGCUCAAGGACAAGGAGGAUUGCUUAUGAAACUCUUCUUAAUAUGUAUGCUGCCAUCGAUAACAAACAAGAGGUGUAUCGUGUUUGGAGUAUGUGUAAAAACUUGGGACAAUCACGUAACUCAGUUUAUGUCUCUAUGAUUGGCUCAUUAUUGAAGCUGGAUGACAUUGAUGGUGCUCAGAGGAUUCUGGAUGAAUGGGAAUCUGAUAACACUUGUUCUGAUAUGAGGAUUCCUAAUAUGCUUAUCAGUGCUUAUUGUAAGAAGGGUCUUUUGGAUAAGGCUGAAGCAUUUAUAAGUAGGUAUUUGAAGCUUGGGAUGAACCCAGAUGGAACAACAUGGGCUUAUUUUGCAAAUGGAUACAAGGAACAGAAUGAUAUGGAAAAAAGUGUGGAAAUGGUGAAGAAAUCAAUAAUGGCAGAUCGACCAGUAUCGAGGCUUAACCCUUCUACUUUAUCUGCCUGCAUUAAGCACUUGAAAGAGAAGGGCGAUUCAGAAUAUGCUGGUGACCUUAUAAAUUUAUGUAGACAAAAAGGCAUUAUCUCCGUAGGUACCUAUGAUAGAUUAUUUGAUUAUGUUCAAAAUGAAAACCCUGAUGCUAUCAUGGAACAACUUUUUCUGUUAGAUAGAAAAUAUCAACUUCCAGACGGAGGGAAAGACGACAACUACUGAAUUUUACAUUCAAAAGAUGCAGAGAAAUUCUUGAGCACGAAGCUUCUAUUGUCGGUUGGAGUAUGAUAUGUUAGAAGUAGCUGAUACAUUUAGUUUUUUUUGAUAGAAUAUUCUCAUCAGUUGUUCCCUUGCUUGCAAUUUGCAAAUUGAGGGUUCUAAUGAAGUAUGCCUUUGUCCACUGUGACCAAUUGGAAGUAUGAAUAAAACUGAAGAUUGAAACGUUCCUCCUA